GUUUCAAAUCACAAACCUCUGCUCUGCCGAAACUGCCCGACCGUAAAAAGUGCAUUUAACCAAACCCAAUCAGUGACCAAUUGACGAGCCAUGGCCGAGGAGGAGCUACACACCUACCGCCGCUGCAUUGGACAGCAGCUAGAAGAGCUGGAACUACUGAACUCCAUAUAUUGUGCAUCCGGAGAGCUGGAAAUGCUUGAUGCCGGCGUAGUUGCCGAUUUUAAUGAGUUCCUUGAGCAAGAUAUACCAAAACCCACUGCCAGUCUUCGAUCGCAUUUGGAGUAUGUUGUAAAGUUAAAUCUGUCGGCUAAUCGAAAUGUGGAAGUUCGAGUGGAGCUGCCGCAUCUGUAUCCACUUUUGGAGUAGGCGCGGCUCAGUGUGCACACUCCACUUCUAGGAAAAUCAAAAGAGCAUCGCUUGAAAAUUGACAUGGAGCAGUAUCAAAGCGAAAGAGGAGAGGAGGACAGCGAGCCGUAUAUUUUUCAGAUGCUCAGCUGGCUGCAAGAACACGUCGAAGAUCUUUUAAAACGACCGGAAUCCGAGUUCGCAGAGACGGUUGCAGAACAGCAAGAUAGUACAAAACCUGCAACUUCCCACCUGGAGCGCUUAUGGAUCUAUUCCCACCACAUAAAAUCCACUGCCAAGCGUCAGGAGCUGAUUCGUCAGGCCCGACAAUUAGAACUCACUGGUUUUAGUCGACCUGGCAACCCAGGCAUCAUAUGCGUAGAAGGUGAAUCCGAGAAUGUCCAGGAGUUCUGGCGCACUAUCAAGGCCUUACGCUGGCAGAAAAUUAGUGUGGUACGAACCGAACCGCGGCAGCGUAAACGGGGAUUCGAGGACUUCAGUGAGCAGCUAUUCAACGCCGAGGAAGGCGUGAUGAACAUGGGUCAGUUCAUCCGCUUCCUCGAGGCCCACGGUUUUGGCUAUAUGAAGUCUGAAUUGUUUGGUUUAGCCUGAGCGAGUUGGCCAGCAAAAUUCAAAAUGUAAAUAAAUUUUGUUAUUUCU